CUUGCUGCUGAGUGACGGCGAGGGAGAGGUGGGGAUUCCCGUUCCUCAACUGGGGAGGAGGGGCCCUUGCCAAGGAGUCCCGCAGUGACGUCAUUUGCCGGCGACGGCUGUGUGGCUUCCCGCACGCGGCUCUGUUGUCGGGCAUGGAGGCGGCUGACCCCGCCGGGGUUGCGGGUUCUUCCCCGGAGCUGGCGGUCUGCGGGGACCUGAUGGUGGUCACCGGUGGAGCCAAGCUCUUGGCGGCCCUUUACAAAGAGCCUGGGUGAGUGAAACCGGGCCGAGGAGCUCUUGUUCAGCCUCUUCUAGCCUCGCUCUCCCGUCGUCUUGUCUAUAUAUCUGCUGAGACUUCAGCCCUAACCUCAUUUAUCAUUGAACUUACUCUGAGUAGGCACGGUUAAGAUUCCGCUGUAAGGCAGCCGCUGUGUGAGAAGGGUUGUGUGUUUCUUUAACGGAGUGUGUAAAGCGGUAACCGGGUGACCCUUUAAUUCUGAUCAGUUACUUCAAAGCUGCCCUCCUUUUAUACUCACAGUGGGUCAGGAUCAAUAACCGGUGGCAGUGUGCACACAGUUUAUCCAGGCAGCUGGUCAGUGUGCAUAAUGCUGAACAGCUUAGAAAAGUUGUGGGACAACGCUGAUCUAUAUAAUUAGAGGAAAUAGGCUGCAGUGCUCUUCCGACAAAUGAAAUGCUGGUCGGAUGAAGGGGGUGGACAGCCUUUCUCCAUCCUUAUAGGUUUAGGAUGAUUGAAUUUACAUGUUUUUUCCUGCUAAAAAGGUUCCAAAAUAGAUAAUGCUUUCAGAAGUAAAAGCAAUCAGAGUACGCACGUUCUCUGCUUCUUAUUUUCUGCACAUUUCCUGCUUUGGAGAAUGUAUUACCCACUGCUCUUCUGAAAAUAUAUGAUCACUUGGGUUUCAAGAUAUUAUAUAAUGAGUUGCUUUAUUUUGAGUCAGCUACUCUAGGUAAACAGUGUAUUGUUAGUGCUGACAAUAGGUCUCCACUCCUAUUGUUUUCAAACUUCCCAUGGUUACUACCUGAUCCCUCUUAAUAGACGGAUUCUGUAAUUGAACUGUGAAAUGGGUAAAUCCCAUUUAACUCAAUGGGAUAUACUUCUGAGUGGACAUGUAUAAAGCUGUGCUAUAAGGAAGCUCUGUAUCAGUCUCUGGCCAAUAAAUAAUGGACCAUUUAAUUACAUUUACUGUAUAGAGGUACAGACAUCUGUGGUAAUAAUGCAGAAGUCUGAAAAAAAAGAACCAUGUAAAAGAUACUUUUCAUGAAAGAUUCUAAAACUUCUCUGUGUUUUCUGCCCUAGUAUUUUCCAUGUCUAUAUGUUCCUCUGCAAUAAAAUGAAACAGAAAACCUCAUUAAUUUUGAAAUUUUACUGUUUAAAAAGGCAUGGUAAGUAAGAUGAGACACAACUGAUACUAUGCUUAUUGGAAAAUACUGACCUGAUGUAAUUAUAUAAUUUCCAGGAAUGAAGAUAUUUUCAUUUAUGACUGUUCCACAGCAACAGAGAAACUUCAACAGAAUCAAGGGUAAGACUGUUUAAUUUUUCCAUAAUCUGCAGUAGGAAAUCCGCUGCAUUCCCAUUUAUUCAGAAACUCUGUUGAAUGACAUUUACAUCUCUUAGAGUUGUUGUUUGUAGCUGAGAAUAAAUGUUGCCGCUACCACCAAUGUCACAUAAAAUACAAAAACAAAUUGAGGAAUACAAACUACUUAUAUGCAGUGAUGCAGCUAAGUGAUUCUAAACCUUGGACUCAAUAGUCCGGUAUGGGAUGGGGUUUUAAAUGGUCGUGUGUUUUUCUUCAGUUGUGAACUACAUAAUUUAAUAUUUCUCCCUUCCACCACCAUUCCACACUUUACAAGUGCUUCCACAUCCCUGAUCAGUUAGAGAAAUAUACCAAGCAAAAAACUAUUUGACUACCCUAAUAAUAAAAAGUGUGCUGGGCAUAUGCAGUUUGUCAUUUUUAAAACUCGCUUAAAUCAUAGCACCUACACAGAUAAAAUGGUGCUUGCUUCUGCUGCCCUGAUGCUCAGUGCAUUUACUUGGGAAUGAGUACUGAAGAAGAGGAGUUUGAAUUCAGCUUUAUCACUACCCUAAGGAGUCUCAAAGCAAUCUCCUUUCCCCUCCUCUCCCACAACAAACACUCUGUGAAGUGAGUGAGGCUGAGAGACUUCAGAGAAGUGUGACUGACCCAAGGUCACCCAGCAAUUGCAUGUGAGGAGCGGGGACACGAACCUGGUUUCACCAGAUUACGAGUCUACCACUCUUAACCACUACACCACACUGUACUGUUCAGCUAUUUUAAAGUAAAAAUAGUACAGUGAAUAUCUGCAAACAUGUAUAUUCCUGACUGGCUGCCUCCUAGCCGUAAAAUGUUUUUUUUAAAUAAGAAGGAAGGCCUCUUUGCUGCUACCCCAUCAUCUGCCAUUGGGGGGUGGGCUAUAGAUAUCUCUGUUUCGACCAUAAGCGCUGCCUUCACCAUUGUUUAUAAGAAAGGAUUUGGUGUGUAAAGUUUUUUAAAAAUCUGAUCUUACUGCACACUUGUGGAAGGAAGGAUACCCUCUGAAAUAAUAGAAAACAUAAUUCCAUAAGGUAUCCAUUUACUUAGUAGUACAGAUACUCUAGUCAAUAAACGAAUGUUGUAUUGAUCAAACCUACUAAAUAGCAAUUCCUGUUCUUAGCAGUCUGAGGUAACUGGGUGCAAAACCUCUAGGUCUUGAAUAUUUUUUUUCUUUCUCAUUGUUUUUAGAGAUGACGGAAAGUCAGCGGGUGAAGCAAGUAACGAUAUCCUUGCCUGCACGUUUUCUUCAUCAGGAACCUACUUUGCUCUGACUGAUGACAACAAACGACUGAUCCUUUUUCGUACGAAACCGUCUUGGGAAUGUCUGAGUGUAAGGUAUGGAAAGGAAGGCACUUCAGGAGAAAUAUUUGUACCCACAUAUAAAUAAGAGCUGUUUUAAGACAAACUUCUUUACAUUUCUUGAUCAUUUUCUGUAACUGAUCAGUAUAUUUAACUUUACUGAUAGAAAUGUUACUCAUUAUUGGUGUCCUUCACUUCCUCUAGUGCAGGGACGGGCAACCUAUGUUGUUUGGUCAAAGUCACUCAGAUCUCCCUCACCCAAGUCUAAAACUUUACACUGCACCUAGUUCUUUUUUCCGUUCACAAAAGGCUUAAGCUAAAUUGGUGAUUAAAUUUUGGGAUGUUUUUAAGAGAUUAAAUAAAAUCUGGUUUUAGCCUUCUGUGCUUUAUCUUUAUGCUGGUUUUAGCUGCCUGCUAUUUGUUUGCUUGGUUGUAUUAUUUUAUUUUAUUUGUUUUUUGUAAGCUGCUCUGAAAAUUACAGCUGAAGAGCAGCUCCGUAACAUAAUUUAUUAACUUUGUUGCACUACACUGCAAGUUGUUUUUGAAACUCAGAUGCUUUCACAAUCACUUUGUUCUUAGUCAUGAUAAUCCUCACUAAAAAUGUGCAAGAUUUCACAGGUACCUGAUCAUGAACUCUCUGUAUUGUGACUUGAUACAUUCUAUCCAUUCUGUAAUUCAGAUAAAAGGGCCCCCCACCUCCCAACCCAGUAUGAAGAACAGAAAUUUAUUUUGGUGUCAGAAGUUUAUUUAUUUUUAAAAAAUCUUUCUAUACUUCCUUUCAGCUCUAAAAAGAGACUACAUUGUGGGCGAAUGUGUCAAAUUAUAUUCAUUUAAAAGUUAGGAAAAAAUAGGGACAAAGCAAAGGAGUCCUUUUUUUGCUAGUCCAGUGUGUGGUGGUGGGAAUAAGAGUAGGAUUAAAUUGGGGUUAAGAUUAAGGUCAGGUUAAGAGUGGUCAUAAAUGAAUGAAUGAAUUUUAUUCCUAGGAUUUAGAACUGUGCUGCAUGCAUACCCUUUAAACUCUUUUGGUGCUGGAUUCUCACUGGGAUUAUUAUGCCCUUCUCUUUUGAGAUCUUCUGUUACCACUUCCAGAAAGACCAAAGGGCAGGCUUUCUAAAAUUCUGUAGCUGCAGUGCCUUAUUUCCCCUGGCUACCAAUAACCCUUUUCAAGUAAUUAUUAGUAAGGAGUUAAUUCAUAUAGGUUUGGUCUGCUAUAAAGUUUGUGACAUGAUCAAAACACAUUGUUAAUUUCUUUCAGUUUCUGCAGAUCUUCAUGCAAAUUAUGUGGCCAUUCUCUGGGAAAAUGCCUUCCUGCCCCCAAAUUUAGCAAGCAGAAUGUGAUAUGCAAACAUAAUAUAGUUAUAAUAUAGCCGCUUUGAGACUCCUUAAAGGGAGUGAAAGGCGGGAUAUCAAAUCCAAACUCUUCUUCUUCUUCUUCUUCUUCUUCUUCUUCUUCUUCUUCUAAAGUCUAAUCUUCCAAAGAGGAAGUUUUGGACCCUAAUUAGUGUCAGUUCUUCAUUCCAGGUCUGUCAUUAGAAGAUGUACUUCCCUGAUUAUAACAGCGGCAGAAGAUAAGAUACUAGUUGCUGACAAAUCAGGUGAUGUCUAUUCGUACUCAACAACAGAGCCUGAAAAUGCAGGAACAAUUGAACUUGGUCACUUGUCUCUUCUGUUGGAUGUGGUAUGUAUGCAAUUUCUGGUUCAAUACCAUCUUUGUUUAUUUAAAGAGUCCCAAGCAUAAAUAUACAGCCCAGUCCUAAGCAUGUUCAUUUUAAAUUAAUUUCCCCUGAAUUCAUUGGGUCUGCACAGUUACAAUGGAAAAAGCUCAGUGAACUCAACAAAACUAUUUUCAACAUAAACAUGUGUUCUGUGUUUGACUAUUCCUUUAUAUUGUUUUGUGAACAAUCCAGAAGACUUGGUUUGAAUGGGUUUGAAUAGUAUAAAAAUGUUUAAGAUAUCUAAAAUAAGUUUGGGUUGUAAACCUAUUGUUAAAUAUGAAGUUUCAGCUACCUCAUUUGAAAACAAUGGCUGAUAGUCAACUAUGUUUUACUCAGAGUAAUGCCAUUAAAAUUAAGGGACCUAAGUUAGUCGUGUUCAUUAUUUUCAAUGUGUCUGUUCUUGAGCAAAACCAGAUAGAUAGCCAGAUUAUUAUUAUCUUUGGUUAUCGCUUAUUAAAAACUUACCCAGCUUUUGCUUGCAUCAUAAAUUUAACCAACCUUUUUAUGUUUUGUGUGGCAGGAUUGUCAAGAACCCCUAGUUUUGCUGCCUGCAGUGAGUAAGGGUCAUCUCCAGGGGACUCUUACGCACUUGAGGAGAACUUGUAAUUUGGAAGAAAAUGUAGUUGUUUCUGUGUGUCACAGUGUGUUACAAAUAAGCACAGACAAGUGUGACUAAACAGGCCAGCAAAAUGUUCAAGACUAGUAGCUUUUGUAGACUUUUUUUCCAAGUCUUGUCAAUCUGAAACCAAAGAGAUCUGAAACCAAACUGGUAGAUGUGUACUUAUUUCCCAUAUGUGUCUGCAUGCCGCAAAGCCUCCUGGGCUGUUUCAUGGUGACCUGUGUUGUGUCAUUAGGCGCUGAGUCCCGAUGACCAGUAUAUCCUGACCGCUGACCGUGAUGAGAAGAUACGAGUUAGUUUGACUAGAGCGCCACAUAACAUUGUGUCCUUCUGCCUGGGACACAGAGAGUAAGUGCAGUUGUAGAAAGUCUGCAACAUGAAGAGAAGGGAAGAGCACCCUGUUUAUUAGGGGAGCGGGGAGAGGGGAGGUAGGAAGACAUAUUUUAAGAUCAGUGCUACACAGCAAGCUAGCCAGUGGGGUGCCCUGCCAAUGUUGAUGGACUGUCACCCCCACAAUCCCUGUCUAUUGACCAUGUGUGCCGAGGUUCAUGGAACUGGCUGGAGCUGGAGUCCAGCAACACUGAGAAGGCACCACGAUGCCUACGCUUAAGCUGUCUGAGGAGAUUGUGGAUUCCCCCAACCCACACUAGAGAGUUUCAAGAAGAGGUUGGACCUGUCCAGACUCUUCAGCAAUUGCUAAGCCCAAAGAGCUGGUCUGGAUGAGAUGCUGCCUCCCUUGUAGCUCUUGGUUCUGUCAGGUAAGGACAACAUUAGGAGUUGAGCUCCCACUUACACAAACUCACACAGUGGAGCCUUUCCAACUCUCUAUUAAUCAAAAUUCAUAUCAGGUGGCUUUCAUUAUUGAGUACAUUUGGAUACUGCACUACAAUCUUCCCCUGUCCCAGAAAACUCUUUAAAAUGCUCUGGCACUUUUUCAUCGUUUGGGUUUUGCUCUUUCUAAUCUAUUUUCUAAACAGUGAUACUGGUAGUUAAUUGGUUCGUGUGCAUUUUUCCUGACCUAAAAGAUAACAUAGUGAUCUAAUCCAGUAUAGAGCCUUCUGUUGCUAUGGUGAUGUUUCACCUCACACUUUAUUACUUUUUGCUUGCAUUAGGAAUGUACACCACAAACAUUGACCUUUUUUUUCCUCCUAGAUUUGUCAGCAAAAUAUUUGUAAUACCAAACUAUCCAGAACUUCUCUUAUCAGCUUCUGGGGUAUGUAUGUUGUCUGAGGCAUUUUACAUCUGGAAUUUUAGUAGGUUGCUUACACAUUUUCCUCCCUUGCUGAGGGUAAAAUACUGUAGUUGCUUUAUGUUCCUUCUCUAAACACUUUUCUGGAACAGGAGCAUCCUUUAGGGAGGUGAGGACGAAGCUGCCAACUUUUCUAAGUGCUUUCUUAGGAUCAUCUAAUCCUGAUUACCAUAAUAAGGAAAUGUAAAACAUAACUACAAUGAAUGUUCACAGAACACUGCUGUAUUUUUGUCUUGGGUGGUUUUGCCAUUUAAAGUUGAAUGCAUUUAAGAAUAGGCCUUUUUCACUUCAUAGAGUAGGACUGAGGAACCUGUGAUCUGUCACAUGUUGCUCGACUACAACUCCCAUUCUUUUAUUUUAAUUUUAUUAUCACUAUUCCAUUUCUGUCCCAUAUUCUCCUCUAAGGAGCUCAAAGUGGCAUAAAUGGUUCUCUUCCCACUUUUAUCUUUCCAACAAUCCUGUGGCAUCGACCUUGGACCAGUCAUUGUCUCUCAGUCAGUGAGCUUCAUGGCUGUGUGGGGAUUUAAAGCUUGGCUCUUUGAUCAUCCCUGACCAUUGGCCGUGCUGACAGAGCUGUGGCCCAACAACAUUUGAGGGGCCUCAGGUAUCUGAUUCUGUUGAGAGUGUGUGCAUACAUGUAUGGCUGUCUUCUUCUUGACAGAAGCGGUGUUAAUCAGCCUCUCUCUUUUGAACUGUACCCCCUUCCCCAGGACUGCACAUUGAGGCUCUGGGAAUACAAAAGUGGGAAGGAAGUGCACUGCUGUCAUCUGAGUAGUUUGAGUACAUCUGAGGCUCCCCCAAAUGAGAAGGUAAUGCAUUUUUCUGUGAACAUGUGAAUAUCUCUCUCUGUGUGUCUCUGCAUCUUUCCAGGCAAACUUGCUUUCAGAAUGGUAUGUGUAGGUGAGGUGAGAGUAAAUUUUAAACUACAGAAAAUCUAAUCCCAGAAUGACAAGGAGGGCUUUUUGUAGAUCUGCAACAUGAUGUGCAAAGCACCACAAACCUUUUGGCUGCCUUUCUCCCCAAGAUAACAUUGAGAAUAAAACCAUUGCGCUGCUCUGAAAAGCUGUUAGUCUGGAGUGAAAUAGCUUCGGGUGUUUGCAGAUGUAUUUAUUUUUUUAAAAAUGCUUCAGAAUCUAUUUCAUCCUUCAUUUAAUUGUCAACCUUUUUUUUAAUACUUGAAUUGGUGAUAUGAAGUGGGCAGUUUUUUGUCUACGUGCAUACACAUUGCAAUCUGACAUGCUAAAAUUGCAUACCUCUCUUCCUAAGGGGCAUAUGGGCUGGUGUUGUAAGUGCAGCAAUUGCAUCCAGAAGUUGAGUUAUAAUGUGAGAAGAAGGCAGGCACCCAACCCAUUAGAUCAAACUGUGGCUUCCUCUGGGUCAUCAUCCGCAUUAAGUGUCCAAGCAAAUAAGAGAACCAAACAUGCAAACAAAAAUCACGGGCAAAAAUAAACUGAAAACUAAUUUUGAGAAUAUUUCUGUUUUCUUUUUGUUAACCUCACACAAGUAUAAGGUUAGAUUAUCCCAGCAUAAUAUCUAAGAAAGCCGGGCCAACCCUGAAUACCACCAUGAGAGCUUCCAGUCUAGCUAAGGAAGGUAAUUAUUUUGGCUAUAGGCUUCCCUUAUUGGUUUCACUGGUGCUGGGUGUUGGAGACAACUUUUUGUCAUCGUCCCCGCACACACUUUUGCAUACUUGGGAUCCACCAUUUAAAUAUGGUCAUGGGCACCUUCAGUCUUGCCCAUUUACUCUUCCCUUUCACCUGCCUGCCUUUGAUUCAGGACAAGAAUGUGGAAGGGGGCUGUGCAGUUUGGCUGUGAUGUGUGACUCUUCUGCUUUAGAUUAAGACUUUAGUCCUCAGGCAUUCAGAAUAAUUUUUGGGGACUCAAACCGGGGUGGGGAGCUUGAGUGCUGGCCUCAUCUCCUCCUCUCCCAACCGUUGUGCUACAGCAACUGUACAUAGUUCCUAGUUGUGGGAAGGAUUCUAAUCAUGUUCAACUAAAUCCAGUUAGAAUCCCCCCUCCAGAUCUUCAUGCUCAACUUGGAAAGGAGAGGAGAGGGCUAAGAUACUCAAACUCCCUAUCCAGUUUGAGUAUGGACCUUUGAACACCUGAAGAGGGCUUUUGAAUUUGACAUGAAGGCUUUCUCUUUGUUACCUUCUCUUCAUCCCCUACAAACUCUCUUGCCUGAGAAGUUUCUAAUCGCAUCUCCUUUUCCCUCCUCAGAAAUAUGCAGUCUCCAGGACAGCAUAUUGUUGUGAAGGAAAUUACAUUGCCGUUUUAUAUGACUGGUAAGAGGAAAAGAAUAUCUAAAAUUACUGUGGAAGCAACAGCCAAAUUACAUAAUUUCAUUAUUAGGCAUGUCAGAUAUCUAUUGCUUUAAAAUUACUGUGGAAGCAGCGUAGUCAUGGCCACCUAGAAUGUGGAUAUUUCUUUGUUCAUGAUAAUGAUAUUUUGCUUCAAUAAUAUUAAGCCUGUCUGAGUUAAUAUAAUAUAAUUAAGUUGAUUUUGGUUGAUGCUCACAUCGCUAUAUUCGCUUUGUUGUAUCCACGGCAUGUUUGGAAAUCUCUUCUUAGAACAUGGGCAGUUCCCCGGCAUAUAUCUGAGAUGUGUGUUGCCAUGAACUGAACAUUCUUGUUGGUCAGGGAGAACCAUAAGGGGACCUUAUAAACAAUCACUCACAGGGAGUGAGACCCAAAGUUGUUGAGCUUUUUCGGGGGAGGAACACCCACAGUUGUUGAGCUUCUUCUGGGGAGGCGUCAGCAAAGUUGUUGAGCUUUCGCAAUCGACCGGUUGGACAUCCCUGACUUACAGCAACCUCUACAACAGGGAUGGGAAAUCUUUGGCUCUCCAGAUGUUGUUGGACUCCAACUCCCAUCAGCCCCAGCCCUAGAUCAGAGAUGAUGGGAACUGUAGUCCAGCAACUUCUGGAGCCCCUCAGGUUCCCCAUCCCUGCUCUACGAGGUGAUCAUAUUGCAAGCAUUGGCCAAGACCAGAAGGAAUCUGUACAUUUAAGCCUUAUGUGAAAUUCAGGGCAAAUCAACAAUCAUUUUACACAAGGUCUCUAAGAGUUUUGAUUGACGUGUUAUAGUUUUAACCCGCUAGGCAAUCUUGGCGUGCGAAAUGUGCUCUGUAAAAAUGAUAGCGCUAAUCAUUACUGGUGAUUUCUGAAAAGUCUUCCCACAGUUUCCAUCUUCCAGCUUGACCCCGAGGCUCAGAAACUCAUUCACAAACAGAACAUCCCCUUGAUCUGCAAAGGCUGGGCCAUUGCAUUUGAGAAAACAGGGGGGCUCUGGAUUCUGCAGGAGGACAUGCAGACACCUCUUCUGUUCUAUCAGCCUGUGAAUGGACAAUGGCAGGUGAGAGGAGCUUUCUGGUUACAGCUGGGCUUCCCCUGCUAUGGUGUCAGGCAAAGAACUUUGGGAUACUCAUACAGGAAAAGGGCAUUGAACUGGAGCUGGCUUGGGAGUCAGUUAUUUAAUAUCUGCACAUAAGGCUAGGUAGCACUGGCUGGAUCCAUUUGGCAACAUCCUUUGACAGUGUUACCAGUUUUCAAUAAACACUCUCAAGCUUGAGAAGAACAUGGUGUAGCUAUGGUUGCCCAAUCAAAUAGCAUGUAAAUAUUAUGUUUCAUUUUUAUUUUUCAUGCUGGUCAAUAUACAGCAGCCUAAGGCACAGUGCCAGAGCUCAGCUUGGUGAUCAAGACAACAGUGACAUAGGGCUACUUUGGUUUCUUUAUCUGAAAAUACGAGUGGAAUGCCUGUUCCUUCUUUUGUUGUCAGUUUCUCUUUGUGAAAAGAUUGAAACACACACACACACGGUUUGGGGCAAAUCAUGGAAGAUUUUGGGAGGGCUGUGCCCAGCACAUGGUUCCCUGUAUGAGAAUCGAUGUGCUUGGUAUGGGGAUUUCAAGAGUUGUCCUUCUUUCCUUUUUUCAGUCUUCUACUGAAGAGAGAGGGUUGAUUAAAAUGUCAAAGUGCAUCCGUGACAACUGGACAGCGUUUGAAGGUAAGGCGGUUGAGACACCGUUUAAAGUGGGUGUCAAGGUAGGAUUUGAGGAGAGUGCAUCUCACAGCAUUCAUAAAAAGUAACUUUUUAGAUUUAGAUAAGAGCCUUGUUGCUUUGAGGAGGCUUGGUUCUGAGAGUGGAAGUGCAUGGAAGUUCACCCAUCCCUGCUGUCAGCUGAGAUUUGGUAUGUUGGGCAAGCCUUCGGAGUAAUUAUGUGAGGGAGAAAGGGAGUGGAAAAGGUAUUAUAAAGCCAGGGUAUUAUUAUUAUUAUUAUUAUUAUUAUUAUUAUUAUUAUUAUUCUAUGCCACCCUUCAUCUGAGGUUCACAAGGUGGUUUACAAUAUAGAAAUACAAAAAUACAUAUAACAGUAAAGAACAAAAACAAUAACCCCUCCCACAGUUUAAAUGGCCAUAGAUUGUUUAAUUGGCCAAAGGCUAAUUGAUGUUACAUUUAACAUAAUUUGAAAGCUAAUCCGGAAUUCCCAUGUUGAGAAAAUCUGUAAUGAUGAGCAUGAGCAAUCAUCCCCCACUGUUAUCCACUACACAACUUUGCAAUUUAUAGCCACAAGACUGUGAUGGGUACACCUUUGUCUUGGUCCAAUAGGCCUAAGCACUUGGACUGAGUGUACAUUCCCAGAAUCCUUUGCAACAGGGUGGGGUCAUGUGGCAAAGAUGCUAAGGUUCCUCAGCAUUGCGGAAAAGAUUUCCCUGAAGGUAGAAAGUAAUAUACUUCGGUAGCUAGCUCUUUUUUGGUUUUUGUUACAUGCUGCCUUGAGCUGUUGAGGUCAGGUGAGAUCUAAAAAAUCCAGCUAAUCGAUAGUACCCACAAAAGAACCAUUGAAUAAUGUGAGAACACAGCAAAAUAGUUUUCCUAGAUCUCAAAUUAUAGUUCCAUGCAUAGAUCCUAAGUGUAUCAGCAGCUGGGGGAAAGGGGCUAUUACGAUUACAGUGAUUAUUGCAGCUAAUUAGCACAAGGGAGCUUGAUAGUUGAGUCCUGUUCCAGAUGCUUAAUUAGUGUCUUUACCCCUAUAGAAAAGGUAGUUAUCUUUUUAUUGUCAAAUUGUUAAUAGCUGUCUGCCCCCCUCCAGCUUUGAUAGUUCUUCAGCAGACGAUCACAGUUUCUCUUCUGUUACGAGAUGGGAGAGGAAUAUUUAAACCUUGAAUGAAUUGUUGCUGAAAAGAAAAUCUAGCAAAGCCUUAAUGUUGUCCAGUCAAGUGGAAAGGCUAAUAGAUAUGUAAAUUAUUAUUUUUUAUUCUCUUCUCUACUGAGCCAGAUCAGCUUCUGUUAUAACACAUGUGACUUCUGUGGGGUAACGGGGCAGCGUACUAAUUAAUGUCAUUAAAAAAAACCAAAAUCAUGGUCACAGUUCAAGACAGAAAGCCAAGACCAUGGCCUAAUCUAACAAAGCAAUUUUUACUUUCUUAGUAUUUGUAGUUGCCUAUUUUCUCCUUCCCAAAGCACCCAGUGCCCCUUUAGUACUCACACUGGCUUAUUAUUGGUUGUACAAAUUCAGAUUUUAAGGUUUUAAGUCUCCUUUCUUGACAUGCACAGAAAACAGACCCUCAGUGCGUGGAAAACACAUGCCUAUGAGCCUGUUCCAAUUCUCUCUUCUACAGGCUCCAUUGGCAAAGAAAGUUGCUACCAAAAUCUCUACAAGGCUUCUUUUGAUAACAUGGCUGUUUACCUCCAAAAGAAAGAAGAGAGACUUCAGCAGCGGAAGAGUAAGAGAAAGGACCCACAGCAUGAAUCAAAUGGGCAGACAAAGAAGCUCAAAACAUGAGCAGCAUCCUUGCUCAGUGCAAAAUUUGGUUGUGACUUGCAGUGCAUUGGAAGAAGCUGCUAUGAGAACUACUGAAUCACUUGGCACACUGAAGAACAAGCUGGCUACAAAGCGCAAAUAUUAACACGUCUAGCCUUAUUAUGGUGACACUUCCUUGCCUUGUCAGUGAUAAAUAUGUCCUCUGCAAACUCUUUCUAGCUGCUUGCCUUGACUGUCAGCGUAGAUGUCAUUGGGUGAUGACAUUGUGAUGCAUGGCGAGGAAGAGGACACACUGCAAAACUUUCUCCUCCAAGCUGAAAGCCUUUCUUGGUUCUGCUUUCGUACAUGUGCCACAUAAGCCAUAGUGAGAACCCUCUGUCAAGUACAAGCCCCUAAAGCUCACCCAACAAUUCCUACCUUACGUCCUUCAGUCCUCCUCUGUCCAGAAAGAAGGCGGAGAGCAGGAAUGGAUGGAGGAGGUUUCCAGACACUUCACAAGUCAAUGGUGGUUGCUCCUUGCUGCCCUCUGUCGACAGCAAGGAGGUUCAGGCAGGGGAAAGCCAGGAUUUAUGAGGCAAAAAUCCCCAGGGGGAUCUGGGGAGCUCACUGCAUCCUGUUGUGCCACGCAACCCUGGAGUUUAGCUUCCCCUUCCAGUUGGAAGUGAUCCUUUCGACUGUUCUAGUUACUAGCUAAGGAUGUACAUGACCAAAGCCAAAAUAUCCUUGGAUAAUUCUCAGAGCUCACCUUUCAUGGGGUGACUUCAUUGUGCAACAAAUCAUAAAUGUGGAGUCCCUGCAUAACCACAGUUCUCCUCCAGUGCAUUUAAACUGGUGGAAACACAGUAUCUUCAUAGUGAAGGUAAUGAAUUACUUUGUAGUGCUGGGACCGCGGGUGGCACUGUGGUCUAAACCACUGAGCCUCGGGGUUGCUGAUUGGAAGGUCGGCGGUUUGAAUCCCCGCAACGGGGUGAGCUCCCAUUGUCCCAGCUCCUGCCAACCUAGCAGUUUGAAAGCACGCCAGUGCAAGUAGAUAAAUAGGUACUGUUGUGUCAGGAGGGUAAACGGCGUUUCCAGGCGCUCUGACACUCGUCACGGUCCUCCGUGCACCAGUGGUGGUUUAGUCAUUCUGGCCGCAUGACCCGGAAAACUGUCUGUGGACAAACACUGGCUCCCUCGGCCUGAAAGCGAGAUGAGUGCCACAACCCCAUAGUCGCUUUUGACUGGACUUAACCAUCCAGGGCUCCUUUACCUUUACCUUUUACCCUACUUUGUAGUGUAAGAUGAGUGUAGUGACCUACUGGACCAAAAAUGGGAUUCCAUUGCUGGAGUUGUCCUUUGACAACGGGGCAAUUUUCUCUAGAAGGAAUCUCUGUUUGAAAGCUGGAUGGGUGGGUUUGUUUGUUUUUGAACUAAAUUAAGGCGACCUUUUUACUAUGGGAAAAAGUAUCCAUACUUUUGAGCUGUGAUUUAGACUGCAACUUGCCAGCUUGUGUGUCUUUUAAAAAAAUAAUAAUAUGAAGUUAAAGGAUUUUAUUUCAUAGAUUCUGCUUUAGAUUGUGAGAGGCGCUGAAGUGUUCUGAUACAGUAUGUACCAUACUGGCAUACAAGUGGCAUAUCACUGAAUGAAUAAUAUGCUGUAAACAAGCCGUAAAUGUGGUCACAGCAUUCUGUCACUUAGAAGACUCUGCCUGUGCAUCUCAGCUGUUUCAAGGUAUUCAGAAUUGCAUUUCAUAAGGUUGAGACAGUUACAGGUAGUGAUUGCCCCAGCUGCUUUUGAAUGGUAUUUCUCAUCAGGAGGCCUGUUGAGAACGAACCUGGAAACUGCACAUAGUACAAUCAAGGAAAAGACGAGAGAAAAGGCUAUAGGUUUGAUGAGGCUCCUGCUGGCAAUGUCUAAGGGACAGGGUUUCCAGACCUGGAUCAAAACAAUUGCACAAGUGGUUAUGUGCAUGCAGCAUAUCAUUGCGGUGCCUUUUCUCAAGCAGUAAGUCAUUGCCUUCCACACGGCUUCUGAAAACAAAGGAAAUUUUGGCGUUUGUAAUGUUCAGAGUCUAAACCCCCACAGGACAUGCGCAGCUCCUGGUUUGGAGCCAUCCAAGUCCUUGAGGUAGAUUCUGAACUCAACUUGCAAUUGUUACACAAAGCUUGUCUACACAAACAGUGUUGAAUCUCAGCCUGUUAAGUUUGCCCUGAGUUUUAAGCAGCAUCUUAAGCAGUGGUGAACAUGAGCAGGAGUGGAGAGCUGUGGAUUGCCAGUACCAUUACUGAGCUGAUUAAUCAUUGACCUCAAUAGGAUUAUUUUCUGGUUUAUGAAUAUUCCUGGUAAUUUAAUGCAGUGUUUCUCAUCCUGAAAGCUGACAGUGAUAGAGACAGAUGCACCUCAUAGGGAGGUCAUUCUACAAAUGGAAAACCAUCACUGAAAAGGCCCAGUCAUAGGUCACUGGCUGCUGGGUUGUCCUUGGUAACCACGCCUUACCUGCAGAUCAUAGGGUCUGAGAUGGCUUUUGCGGUCUUAAGUUCAGUUCUCCACAUUCCCACAUCAGUUGGUGAUUUUCUCUACAAAGCCCUCAUGAAAGUCCAGCAUUUUAGUGUGGAUUUCUCCAAGUAUUCACCGAUUGGGAUGUGUAUGUUUUGCCUAACACACAUUUUUGCAAAGCAAUUUCCCCAAAUAUAGUGCAUUUUGGUGUGUUAUUUUCACUAAUAUAUGCACGCUCCCUGAAUCUGUUCUGCAGCUUUCCCCAACCCUCCAGAGGGUGUGUGGGAAGUGGACAAGUUGCCUUACAUAAAUGGAAACCCUUGAGCUAACAUAACUACUUUGUUGGAGAACAGUGAUUUAACCUGUGAACUUUUAAAGCAAUAGCUGGGUAUUGUCUUUCUGAAAACCAUGGAAGAUGCUGCCAAGUAACCCUUGUAGUCCAGUAGCAAUCUGCAGUUCCUUGUAUUUGCUGUGCUCCUGGCAAAAAGUAGUCUGUGUGGUAUCACAAUGAAAUAUUGGAGUGGCCCAGACUCCUUUGUUGUCUCAUAAGAGUUUUCACCAAAACGCCUGGGUGUCCUGUUCCAGGUAAAACCCAUGCACAGAACACUCACCCAAACAGUUGUCACAUUUUGUGCUGUACAAAUUAGUGCCUGUAAUCAGAAUGUUCAGUUAUAAGUAGGUAAUUCUUCUCUUUCCUUUGUCCAAACUAUUCCAAAUGAGAUUGUCGUCAUGCGGAAGGCUGUGCUCUAAAGAAACUUCAAAUUGCAACUUAAAAGGGUCUAUUAAAGAGUCUGUGACCGUGUUUUGGUACAGCACACACACUCAUUCUGACGGUUCUGUUUGUUUCAGAGCUGCUGCUUCCUAGUUAAGCACUCACUGCUUAGUUACCCACCCACAUUCUGUGAGGCAAAUAGGUGGAUUCUUUGUUGGGAAGGAUAAAGGAGAAUAUUUGCAUGCUGGGGCUCUUUGUUCUUUUCAUUGUUAGGUCAGUGCUUUGUGUGCUUAAAUGAAUAUAAAGCACAUGAAAUAUAGUAGAUGUUGCAUUUGUUAUGAGCACUGAGUUGUAUUUUUUUUUAAGAUUCCAGAAUGUAUUCAUUCUCUUUAAAAAGAGAGAGAGAGAGAGAGAGCGCCCCAUGUGCAAUAUAUCAGAAAUAUAUUUCAGAUGCAAUACUAAGCCAGUUGCCUGGUUUUUCAGUGCAAGGACUUGGUUACUGUUCUUUGGACAGAAAAAAGUAACGUGUGUGGAACACUCUGCCUUUCAAGUUACAGCUUUUGUGCAUGAAAUAAUAAGUUUUUGAAGCUGCCUGCCUUUUUGAACAGGCUGCACAUACUGUAGCCCUAGUCAGGGAUUCAGUUCACACUGUUACAAUCCCAUGGAGUUGGAAAACAAAGCUGCCAUCACAAGCGCCCCUCGUCCCAGUGGCCUUGCUGGCACCAACAUGCGUUGUCUGGAAAGAGGAGUUUUAUCUAUGUACACAGGUACUCCUCAUUGUGUGAACAACCCUACAUGUGUAGGACAGGCUUCCUUCUGCAGGUGUGCCCUCACUGGUGGGGGUGAGAAAGUAGUUCUACUCCUGCUCCAUGGGAACUGAGUGACCCAAGUAGGGCUUAUCCCCUCCUGGUGGAGAGAGGAGGAAGGUUGUUGUCCCUCAAGAUGUUGCUGUUCACCAUUAGGGGGGAAAGGGGAAGAGGUUGAAUGAGUUCUCCAGUGCUACGUAUGCACAGAGAGUACAAACACCCCCGUACUGAUUUUUCUUUUAAAUGGAAAGACAGCAGUACAUGGCUGCUUUUAGAGCUAUGUUUUGAAAAAAUACUAGUAGGCGAGCAGUUCUCAAUCAAAUGUUCUAACCAUUCACAUAACGACGCAGCUUUGGGAAAGGAAGUUCACUGCCAGUGACGGCAUGGGCACUGUCCAAUAGGGGCCUGCAUUUCUCACUUAACUAUGUAUGCUCCAACUGUCCCUAUUUUUGGUGUCUGUUUCUGUUGAGUCACUGUCUCUGCUUUAUCUUAGGGGAAGAUGCUGAGGAAGAUGCUUUCUAAAAUGCUCUUAGGUGGCUUGGACCAUGUCUUUGAGGAGCUCUGAAAUGCUGAAGCAACAGGGAUUUCUUUUUGCUGUUUUUUCCCCCUGCUGUUGGGUUUCUUUGAGGAAAAUUAGAUUGGCUUGGAAACACUAAAUAAAUAAGUAUUCAUCCGGCACUGGAGUGGUGCAGUGCCAGAGUGUUCUACUCAGAGUUGUGCUCACAUUUCUUCGAAUCAAUCCAUUAUUAUUAUUUUAGAUUUCAUCUCUAGGAGAAUGCAGGUGCUUCCAGACAGGGCCUCAUAUCGUAAAUGAGCUGUUCAGCUCCUAUUUUUCUGCAUGCACAUUUGGCACCUCAGCUUCCACACAUUACCAUUUCCCCGGCCCUAAAUAUUCAUUGGUAUUCUGCUGCUUGCCAUCAACACCCCUGCCUGGCUCCCUUUCAGCACUGGAAGUGGGCUGGGGAAAACCAGCUGAAAGCACAGUAGUGAGUAAGGCAGGUGCGCUCCAUUUUAUAUUAAACAUUGACCUAUCCCACCCUCUCUGUAGCCCAGCUCAUGUUUAACAAACUCGUACACGUCUGAUUGGGCUCCCAAAAAGACUUUUGAGAUCUGGUGUGGCUCUUGCUGAUUGUUCCGGUGACAAAGAACCCCUGAGAGUAUCCUCAGCUCGAAAAACGGCUGAAAAAGUAGAUUUGAUAUUAAUUACCUUAUAAUAGGUUUUUAAAAGCCUGCAAAGCAUAGAAUUAAGUCUGAUGUAGUUAUGCGUGAGGCAUAUAUUAGUCUGAUCUUCAGUGGCAUUUCAGUUACUGUCUCUGCUUCUGCAGCUGCAAUUUAGCCCACAGAAGGAUAAAUGCUGGCAAUUAAUUGCAGGUGCAAAAUUGUGCAUGCUGUAAUUGAACGGAAGGGAGCCGCUAUCACAACAAUAGCAGCAGUUGAAAAGAAAACUGCAGACCUAGUUUAUUUUAACCUCUUGCGUUGGUUCCAUCACCUCAGUUGCUUUUCGAGCCCGGCGUGUAUUUAUCUCCCCAAGGGCUUUGGGAGAUAAAUACAUUUCAGGUUAGAAAGGAUGUGGAGGACGAGAGGCAGCGCUGUUCACUUUUGCUAGUGCAGGCACAAAACGUAACAGGAAACAAAAACUAUUUUCAAAGUACAUACUGUGCAGGGUUCAUCUAAUACACCACACCAAUGGAAGCAUUGCGUAAGGACUUCAGCUUGCACAAGGGGGCGCUUGCCCCCCCGAAAUUGGCUCUGGGGAGGAUGAGAGGACCCCCAGAAAGAGCGUGGGGGAAGGAGAGGGGGGAUCAUUGCAUGUGGCAGAUGGAACAGUUGUAAUAGCAUGAUAUUGACUUCUACCCAGUGUAUCGUAAAUGGCAAUUUAAAUUUAAUACGUAAUAAAUUAAAUGGCAAUUUAAUUCAAUAUGUAAAGGUAAAGGGACCCCUGACCAUUAGGUCCAGCCGUGGCCGACUCUGGGGUUGCGGCGCUCAUCUCGCUUUAUUGGCCGAGGGAGCUUCCAGGUCAUGUGGCCAGCAUGACUAAGCUGCUUCUGGAGAACCAGAGCAGCGCACGGGCCAUUUACCUUCCCGCUGGAGCAGUACCUAUUUAUCUACUUGCACUUUGACGUGCUUUCGAACUGCUAGGUUGGCAGGAGCAGGGACCGAGCAACGGGAGCUCACCCCAUCAUGGAG